AGAUCAAGGGAUUCUCACAAACAACAAUAUCCUGGCUCGGCGACGGCGAGGUUGCAUUUCAGGCUGAUAACCAAUUUUCAAGAUAUAAGGAGCUGCCGACAAGAAUUUGAAAGGUGAGGAGAUUAGGUUCUGAUAGUGGGAAGAAAAACCAGGAAUAAUGCCUCCAUUGAAGAUUGAGACGGGUCAUGAGGACACUGUCCAUGAUGUGGCCAUGGAUUAUUAUGGAAAGAGGUUGGCAACAGCUUCAUCUGAUACCACCAUCAAGAUCAUUGGUGUAAGCAACUCUGGUUCACAGCAACUGGCUACUCUACAUGGUCAUAAAGGACCUGUUUGGGAGGUUGCCUGGGCACACCCCAAGUUUGGAUCAAUCCUUGCUUCCUGUUCUUAUGAUGGUCAAGUGAUAAUCUGGAAGGAAGGUAAUCAGAAUGAGUGGGUGCAGUUUCAUGUCUUCAAUGAUCAUAAGUCAUCAGUGAACUCCAUUGCAUGGGCGCCACAUGAACUUGGCCUCUGCUUGGCUUGUGGGUCUUCUGAUGGGAACAUCUCAGUUUUUACUGCUAGGGCUGAUGGUGCUUGGGACACCACAAGGAUAGACCAAGCCCACCCAGUUGGAGUGACAUCAGUUUCUUGGGCUCCAUCAACAGCACCAGGUGCUUUAGUUGGAUCCAGUCUCCUGGACCCUGUUCAGAAACUGGCUUCUGGUGGGUGUGAUAAUACUGUGAAAGUGUGGAAGCUGUACAAUGGGACUUGGAAGAUGGACUGUUUCCCUGCCCUGCAGAAGCACACCGAUUGGGUGCGGGAUGUUGCAUGGGCACCUAACCUGGGGCUUCCAAAAUCUACAAUCGCAAGUGCUUCUCAAGAUGGAACUGUUGUUAUAUGGACCUGUGCUAAAGAAGGGGAGCAAUGGGAAGGGAAGGUUUUGAAUGAUUUCAAGACCCCUGUUUGGAGAGUCUCAUGGUCACUGACUGGAAAUCUGUUGUCUGUGGCUGAUGGAAAUAACAACAUAACAUUGUGGAAGGAGGCUGUUGACUGCCAGUGGCAACAAGUGAGUGCUGUAGAGCCAUAAAGUGCCAUAAAUUUCAAAUUUUCCAUUUUAUAUUGCUACAAUCAUUUUAGUGUCUUUUUUGCCUUACUACUUUAUUAGAAUGCAGUCUGUAGUGUCUAUUAUAACUAUUUCUAGUCACGGUUUUCAUGUUUCCCCUCUCCUCUGAAUACUUUGAUUGUAUUGUGAAGCUAUUAUUUUUUGACAAACCCAGAUGAUCGGUUUUCAUAUUUCUUUACCCAAUUGAUUAUACAUCAAUCUGCUUGUGUGUUUGACAUCAACCAACAAUGCCUGUUUCUG